UCAUGAAUUAACCUAACAUUUAAAAAUUUAAAACUUAAUUAAAGGUGACAGUGAAAGAAUUUAUUGAUUUCUUUUUAUUUGAUACUCCUUAUGAAAAUUGUCUAUCAUUUCCUCACUACUAUUAAGUUGUAUUGUGUUAGGAUAAAGAAAUUAGCUUUUAAAAGUAUCAACCUUAACCUUAAAUUGGACAGAUUUCAAAAAGACCAAUAAACUUUAUUCAUCCAGUUAAAGAAAAAUAAAUGUUUGCUCCUGAUGUAGUUCAUUGUUUUGCAGAGGAUGUUUUGUAUUAUUUUAAUCAAGAUGAAAUUUUGAUAGAAAAAGAAGUAAAAUUUGCUAAAAUACCUUAUGCUGACAGUUUUUGUUGCAGAGUUUUUUGGCAUAUUUAUUAAAUAGAAGAUGGUUGCCAAGUAAAUUAUGGAUUUUAUAUUCAUUUUUUUAAAUCAACUGUUUUUAAAAGUAAAAUUGAAAGUAGUAGUAAAAAAGAAAACACGGAGGUUUGGGAAAAGUGUUUGAAAUAAGUAUACGAGGAAGGGCAAAAUAAAAUAUUAUCUAAAAGAGUUUAAAAUGAGAGAUAGCAACCAAAAGCUGAAAUUGAAGUUACGUAAUAAAUAGAAACUUAAGUUGAAAAAGUUAACUAAAUUAAGGAAAAAGAAGAGACCAAACAGGUAAUUCUUGAGUAAGAAUAAUAAGAAUCUUAAAUCUUACUUGAGAACAAUGAAAAUCAAUAAUAAAAAUAAUAAUUGUUAAUUGAAAAUAAAGUUAAAGAAAUCUUUGUAGAGAAAUAGGAAUAAUCAUCUGAUUAAAAAGAUUUGAAUUUAAAACUAGAUAAGCUAACUUAAUUAGCUUAUGCAAUAAUAGGUCUUUUAAUUAUUGAUAUUUUGUUCACAAUUGGAAAAUGA